AUGCCUAGAACGAGACCGCCUAGACGACCAUUGACCAGUAGUGGACGGGGUUCCAUUCCUCCACCCAUGUUGGGCACGUUUGAGGCUCCUAUUGAGAUUUCCACCGAUUCAGAGACACCUCACCAUUCAUCCUCCCAGGGUCAGGAGUCUAGUCCUGAUGAGUCCUUCCCUCAGUGGAACCCUAUUGCCACUACUCAGUAUCCCCCUUCUGGUUUCGAGGCUGAGUCCAGCUCUAGACCCCGCAUAGUCCGCAGAUCCGUAUCUGCUGUUCGUGACUUUCCACCCAGGUGUGGGCCAUCUGCUGUUAGACCACCUGGGCGACCACCUGUGUCACCACCUAUGUCGCCAUUUAUGCCACCAUUUGUGCCACCACCCAUGCCAUCACCUGUGCUGCCACAGAUUCCAUCACCUACCUACCCCUCGGGUAUCAGGUCUCCUAUCCCUUAUCAUGCGCAUCAAGCUGUAGAUAGGACCUUUAUCAGGGAGCACAGCCCCACUUUAGCAGCCCAUCUUGAUCAGAUUCCUAUUGGACCUUACCAGGGUGUCCGAGUACCAUCCCCAGAUAUCCAGGCCCGAAAAAUGCCACCAAAGAAAACAAACCAUUCAAAUUCUUCUGGUAAUGAGUUUGUUGGGGGUUCUGCUAUGAAUGAUGUGCUAGACAUGCUGCGCUAG